AUGUCCAACCAAAUCCGAACCCUCUCGCCGUCCACAGGAGAGGUCAUCUUCGAACACCCCGGCCACUCCGUGGUCCAAGUCCGCCAGAUUGCGGCCUCUGCAAAAGAUGCCUGCCACGCUUUCAGAUCCCUCACACUUGGAGAACGCAAGUCAAUUGUCGCCAGAUUCCUGAACAUCCUGUCUGAGAACAAAAACACCCUUGCAAAUGAACUAACACAGCAAAUGGGCCGUCCAAUCUCUUACACCGCGGGCGAAGUCGACACAGCAUGCAAGCGCGGAAAUUACCUUCUCUCCAUUGCAGAUAAAAGUCUGGAAAUAAUCCCUGGAGAGCCAGAAGAAGGUUUCCGGAGAUUCGUGAAGAAAGAGCCCAUUGGGCCGGUUCUGAUAUCCACAGCAUGGAAUUAUCCCUACCUCAUCACAAUCAACGCCUUGAUCCCAGCCCUCCUGGCAGGAAACCCCGUUAUCUUGCGCCCGUCCCCUCAAACGCCACUCGUGGGUGAACGGCUGGUGUCUUAUUUCCAAGAAGCGGAGCUACCGAAAUCAUUCCUGCAGCUGAUCCACUGUGCCUCGGGCGAAGUCCUUGGCAGUAUCACCACCAUCCCGCAAAUUAAACUGGUUUGCUAUGUGGGAUCCACAGCUGGGGGGCUUCAGCUUCGGACAGCUUCCGCGGGACGAGUCUUGCCACUGAACCUGGAACUAGGGGGUAAAGAUGCGGCAUAUGUCCGUGAAGAUGCGGAUUUGAGAUAUACGGCGGCCCAGAUCGUUGACGGGGCCGUAUUUAAUUCAGGACAGAGCUGUUGUUCCAUUGAACGGGUUUAUGUUCAUGCCAGCGUGCAUGACGCCUUUGUGGAGGAGGUGCAGAGGGAACUAGCAUCCAGCAGGUAUGUUGUCGGCGACCCUACUGAUAGGGCCACCACCGUGGGGCCUGUCAUCUCGCAUCAGGCUGUCAGAAGUAUAGAGGGUCACAUCGGAGAUGCUCUUGCCAAGGGUGCGAUUGAUGUUACGCCUGACAGCCCUGGUUUAAACCCGCCCCCAAAGCUUGGCAGUUAUAUUAAGCCUAGGGUCCUGAUAAAUGUGAGACACAAUAUGCUUGUGAUGCGUGAGGAGACAUUCGGGCCGGUAAUCCCUAUUAUGAAAGUCAACAGUGACCAGGAAGCAGUCGCUUUAAUGAACGACAGUGAGUACGGCUUAACAGCAAGCGUAUGGACAAGGGAUAUCUCGCGCGGCGAGGCGUUAAUCGACCAAAUCGAAGCCGGGACUGUUUAUAUUAACCGAUGCGAUUACCCGAGUCCGGACCUCGCAUGGGUGGGCUGGAAGAAUUCAGGACUAGGAUGCUCGCUCGGACCACAGGCAUUCGAUGCGUUUUAUCAGUUGAAGAGUUUCCAUAUUCGUGAGAGUCAGCGCUAG